CCCACUAUCGUCUUUCAGCCUCGGUUCGAUGUCAAUGCGCCAUUGAUACUGAGGGAAAGGCAAUAGACUCUAAAAUCGCAAUGAGAGCUUGACCGAUUCCAUUAAGAAAGGUUAGAAAUAAAAAUGUGAAGCUACUGGGAUUGACUAAAUUAAACAAAACCAGUAGAAGGACAAUGUCUAACACAGCUAUUGUCACCAGUUGUGAUACUGGAUGGCUUUUUGAUCACUGUACAGCUAUUACCAAUGCCACUCUGGGUGUGGUUUUAGCUGCCCUUCCUACCUGUUUGCUGUUGGUCAGCCAUACGUCAUGAAUGACAAAGGGUCAAGAGAAAGUGAUGGUGGACCAAGUUGUGUGGAUAAAUCUUCACAUCCCAUUCAGAAAAGGGGAAAGAGGAAAAUAAACAAGGAAACAACCACACCUGAAGAUGUGGAUAGUGAAAAUAAGUUGAAAGAAGUUUUGUUCUCUACCAUGGAGAAGCUUUACAGUCAAAGAAAGAAUGGUAGCAAGAAUACCUCUUCAAUUGCAAAAAGCUUGAACUCUCAAGAGAAACAGAGCAUUAUUUCUGAUUCCAUCAAUUUCGUUGGGUUAUGCGAUCUAGCGAGGGAAUUUUGUCAAUUUAUUAAUGGGUGUGAUUUUAUUUUAUUGAAGAACGAUACCGAAUCUGUAGUGGAUAUAUUUAAUAGAGUGGUAAGAAACACUCUUGAGAUACCAGUACUGAUGAAGGCGCUGGAUACGGAAUUUAUCAUCCCACCAUUGUCAACUUUCAUGAUGUCGGAUCUGGAGUACAUUGGGCAUAUACUUGAUGGAGCAAAAAAAUAUGAUCUAGUUGUUAUUGAUCCUCCUUGGAACAACAAGUCGGCAAAAAGAGCUAAAAGGUAUAAAAGUCUAUCCUUCAACGGGAUCAAGUCUCUUCCCGUGCCACAGGUCAUCUCAGACGGUUCAAUGGUAGCUAUCUGGGUGACCAAUAAGAAGCGAAUUGUUGACUUUGUCAAAGGUGAGCUCUUCCCGCAUUGGUCGUUGAAGAUGAUCGCAGAGUGGUAUUGGUUAAAGAUUACAACUGCAGGGGAUCUUGUUUCUGAUUUUGAUUCGGUACACAAAAAACCAUAUGAGCGCUUACUAAUCGGCCUGCACUGCAAUCCAGAUAGCAAUCAAAUGAAUGUGGAUGCUUUCCAAGCUACAUUUCCACAUCAGAAGGUGAUUUGUUCCACUCCUUGCCGACUGCAUUCUCGCAAACCAACACUUGAUGACUUUUUUGCUGGCUACCUGCCGUCAAAUCCUCAAUGCCUUGAGCUUUUUGCCAGAAAUUUGUUGCCAGGCUGGACAAGCUGGGGAAAUGAGGUUAUCAAGCAUCAAAACACUGUUUACUUUCAGAAGGAGGAAAAGAAUGUUCCCAAGGCUGAGUGAUAGCAAUAUUUGAUGUUUUCAGUAAUAUAGGUAGAAGUCUAUAAUACAUGUAGUACUUAAUACGUCAGUAAAUAUAUAAUGCAUGUCACAUCUGUGGUGUGACGGACUCAAUAUGACGAAGCAGUGUUUUACUAAUGGCUAGGUAGUGUUUUGUUUGAAAAGUAGAAGUUAAGUAUGAUUUGCGUUAAGAGAAAAGUUAACCUGGCGAUGAACCCAAGUCGUCAACACAAGCAGCUGCCAGAUUCAGCUGUCUUACAUCACAGUUUCUUGCUUUCUUUGUCUUGUUGAACUUGCUAUGGUUUCACAGACGUCAUCAGUUUCAACAGACAGACAAAUCGUUUUAACCCAUUUACUGAAACUGUAAAUAGGUUAUGCUAUAGUUACAUAAGGGGCAAAGCCUGUGAAAAGAAACAUUUUUGCACCAAACUGUAUUCGCGACCUUCAUUGCAGUUGAAAAGUUGACAUCAAAGAUAUCAGAUUAGAUUUUUUCGAAUACAAUUAGUAUAAAAUUAAUUAAAAUUAGUAUAUGGUUAAAUAUGUUCACUGAAAAUAUUAAUUUUGCGUGUGUAACUUAUGCAGAUAUAUAUAUUUAUGUUGUGAAUCUUCACAUUUUCUACAUGUUGUAAUAUCAAUCUGUCAUUCGUGGAUUUUUUAUUUGUAGCAAGUUAAGGUGCCAAAAUUUUGUAAAAAUAAUCUGUUAUUAUUCAAAAUAACUUUAAUGUUUUUUAACUAGUACCGUGUUUUAACGUGGCCACUGUCUCUUAAUGCAGACCCGCGACCUUCAAAUUGAAAAUUGAACAUUCAUAUUGUGGAGUUAAGCAUCCUGAAAGUCUGUAGAUAUUCAUGGUGCCAGAAAAGUAAAUGUGUAAUUUAAUGUUCUGUUCUAUUUUAACUGGGCACUUUUAACUGGGCAAUGUUCUAUUUGUUAAUUUAUCGAUAUUUUUGAUUAAUUGAAAAAAAGUGA